GAAAGUAAAGCACCUCUCAGUGCUUCAGAAAUCUGUCUUCUCAAACCGUUCAUCUUAACCGUUAAUUAGUCGCGAUCCACCUAAUGUUCUGUACACUAGCUCACUGUAGUAGCUGAUUCCAAGGAGACUAAAGUUAAUCUAGACCCUGAAGGUGUCUUUGAUUUCUCUGCGAAAGCUGGUCCUGAGAACCACGUUUACGAACUUAAACUCGAGCUUCACAGUAAAGUCAAUGUAGAGGAAAGCAAGAUUAACAUUGGAGUAAGAAACAUCUUCUGCAUAAUAGAGAAAGCAGAGCCUGAGAGGUGGGAUAAGCUGAUUCGUGGAGGAAAAGCGCCGCACUAUGUGAAGGUUGAUUGGGAUAAGUAGGUAGAUGAGGAUGACGAAGGCAACGAUGGUGCAGCAGAUAUGGAUAUGGGAGGAAUGAGUGGCAUGGACUUCUCGAACUUUGGUGGAAUGGGUGGUAUGGAAGGACUUGGUGGCAUGGGUGGACUUGGUGUUAUGGCUGGACUUGAAGGACUUGGUGGCAUGGGUGGCAUGGAAGAGUUUGAAGACAGUGAUGAUGAAGAAUUUGCAAAACCAGGAGACAAGAAAGAUGAAGCCGUUAAGGAAGAAGCGAAACCAGUAGGUGUUCUUAAGGAAGACAAGUGAAGAAGAUACUGUUAGUUCCAGAGCUGAACUUAUUAUCAUGUUUUUCUUUCAAGUUUAUUAUUAGCUAAGGGUUAUUAUAUUAGCUUUUUAAGUUUAUUAAACCCUCUGAUCCACUUCCUCUUUUCUAAAAUGUUGUUACUCUAUUUUGCUAUUAAGGAUUUGUUUACUUCA